AUGGAAUGUCUACAUUCUCAGAAUACAAUGAAUAUUGGUAAUGUUAAUGAAGAAGUUCCUACUAAAAAUGAUGAAUUAUGUGUGAUGACAUUUCACAAUCAAGAUGCAACUAUAUCUAUUAAGUCUCAGAUCGAUGAAAAUAUUUCUAAAAAACACUCAUCAUCGUCAUCUGCACUCAAUCUAACAUCAGACGGUAAUGAAUCCUCGUCAACAAUAAUUAAAAUCAAACACGAGGAUAGAUCAUCACCUAUAAAUCAACAUCUUCUUCAUGAGAAUCAACAAAUAUCUGAUCGAACAUCGAUUAUAAAUAGUCUCAAUUUAUCUAAAACUAAUUCAAUGAAACCAUCAAAAUCAUCUGAAACACAUCGCAUUGAUGCAGCACUAGAAAAAAAUCUUGAAACAAUCGCCACACAAGUUCGCCGAAAAACAACCAAACCUUCAGAAUUAACACAAAAUGAUCUUCAACUGUUUGAUAGUACAUCGUCAACAAACAGUCGAACUAAUCAUCAUUCACGUGAUAUGACACCAGAUUCUAUCAAUGCUGAUUCAUCAAAUGAAGAAUCAACACAAAAUGGACAACACUAUCAUCAUUCCGUGAUGCCUCCACCGUCUAUUGAUCCGUAUGGACAACCAUUAUGGUCUCAUGGCAUGUAUCCAUUUGGACAUCAACAUCCGGGACUCUAUUUACCUUAUCCACCAGCAAACACUGGUCUACCACCAUUCUAUCCAUCCUAUGAUCCAUUAUUACUCGAGCAACAUUAUAGUCCACAACUUCUAUCAGCUUAUUACACACAACAACAGGCACUAGCAGCUCGAUUUUUGCAGGAACAUGCAACAUUGUCAGACAAUAUUUCAUCCAUAUUGACCACUCCAACAAAAGAACAUUGUGAAAAUUCACUGUCAAUUAGUAAUGAUUCAACGAAGUUAUCUGAUUUAGUCACAAAUGAAAAUCGAAAAAAGAAUGCAACCGUAAAUAAACAAUUGCCAACUUAUCGUCAUGGUCAUCACAAUCAUCACCUUGACACAAUUAAUGGAAGUCUAUCUAGAUUAUCAUCAGAUUUAUCAUCUGACGGCGAUGAUGGUGGGAUCAACGAUGCCGACAGUAUUAUUUCACUUGAUAGUAUAAAAUCGAAUACAGUUGUCAGUAUGCCUGUACUUGAAGACGGUUUAUCGGAUUCAGAAAACAUGAGUAAUGAUGAACAUUCACCACCUGUAUUGAAAAAAGUGAACAGUCGUCAUCAAGCAACACAAAGUGAUUUAUUAUUUGAGUCGAAUCAUGCGUCGUUGAGUGUCCUACAUAAACAACAAUUUCCUAAAACAAGGAAUAAUGAAUUUACAACUCAAUCGGAAUCAUCGAAUAAUUGUUCAUCAAUAUCUGCAUCAAAAACUCAAACAGAUCAACAUAAAAUGUGUUCACGAGAAUCUUCAACUAUUCCAAUAGAGUAUGAUACCGAUGAAGAAACAGAUAAAUUACUUGCUGUUGACUUUCGAGUUAAUUCGAAAUAUCAAGCUGUCCGCGAUGCUGCUGUUUUAAAAUCAUCAAGACCCCAAGAAGUUUUAACUCGAAUUAUUCCUGAUCCAGAAAAUUCAUCAGUAUUAAUCGAAGGAGUUUUAUUUCGCUGUCGAUAUCUUGGCUCAACUCAAUUACCUGCAGAAGGGAAUGCAACAAAAGUAUCACGCAUGAUGCAAGCACAAGAAGCUGUCGAACGUAUAAAAGCACCAUAUGGUGAAAGUCAACCAUCAGUUGAAGUCGAUCUGUUUAUAUCAACAGAAAAAAUCAUGGUAUUAAAUACGGAUUUAGAAGAUAUUUUAAUGGAUCAUUCAUUAAGAUCAAUCUCAUAUAUUGCUGAUAUCGGUGAUCUUGUUGUUUUGAUGGCUAAACGAAGAUAUAUACAAAAUGAUAAUAAUGGAAAUGAUGACACAAAUGGAGUGAAUACGCGUCGUGUGAUUUCAGUUAAUCAAAAAAUGAUUUGUCAUGUAUUUGAAUCAGAUGAAGCUCAAUCCAUUGCUCAUUCAAUAGGUCAUGCUUUUCAAGUAGCUUAUGUUGAUUUUUUAAAAGCCAACGGUAUUGAUGAUCCUAGUUUUACAUCUGAUAUUGAUUAUCAAGAAGUUUUGGAUCAACAAGAAAUUGAUGUUGUAGAAUUAGAUCGAUUUUCGAAAAAAGAAUGUCAAAAAGAGGCUAUUGUAACUAAAGGAAAAAAUGAACCAUUGGGUAUUGUUAUUGUCGAAAGUGGUUGGGGAUCAAUGUUACCAACAGUUGUUGUUGCAAAUAUGAUGCCGGGUGGACCGGCAGCAAGAGGUGGACAAUUGAAUAUUGGCGAUCAGGUAAUCUCAGUUAAUGGCAUUAGUAUGGUCGGAUUACCAUUGUCAAAUUGUCAAGCACAAAUCAAAAAUAUGAAACAUUUAACAACCGUCCGUCUUGUUGUUGUUCCAUGUCCGCCAGUAGUUGAAGUGCUUAUACGAAGACCAGAUACUAAAUAUCAACUUGGUUUUAGUGUACAAAAUGGUAUUAUAUGUAGUCUACUUCGUGGUGGUAUUGCUGAACGUGGUGGCGUGAGAGUUGGCCAUCGUAUUAUUGAAAUCAAUGGACAAAGUGUUGUAGCUACACGACAUGAAAAAAUUGUUAACAUGCUAUCAAAUUCAGUUGGUGAACUUCGAAUGAAAACAAUGCCUACUCAAAUCUAUCGUUUACUGACAGGACAAGAAACGCCAAUAUAUAUUUAA